AAUUGAGGACCCCCCCUCAUUAAUUAAUAUCACUAAUUAAUUGCCCCCCCCCUUUCCCUUGCAGCCCCCCCCAUUAGAGGCCGCAAUGCAGGAGAGCUACGAGAACGUCAUCUCAUUGGCUGAGGAAAUCGCCAUCAGUUGGCCCCGAAUCACCGCGUUCGCUGAGUCCCAUCGACGCCGCGGGAUGGUGGGAGACCCUCCCGCUCCCCCCUCAGAUCCAACCCUACAGAGCGACCCGGAAGAGGAAGAAGAAGAAGAGGAAGAAGAGGAGGAGGAAGAAGAUGAAGAUCCACCACCAGCAGCACCCCCCCCACCAUCAGAACCAGAACCAGAACCCGACCCGGACCCCAAACCCAAACCAGGUACCGACCAAAGUUCAUCAUCGACGUCCAUUGAACCCAAUGAGGCCGAAGGGUCUCAACCUCCUCCUCCUCCUCCUCCUCGUUUGUCCAAACGGGGCCGGGCCGGUAAAACCGGACGUCGCGGUUACAAGAAAUUCCCCCAACGGAACCAUUUGGGUCACGGGAGGUGCCAGGAUUGUGGGAAGGCUUUGACUUAUGGGGUGACGUAUCCCAAACGUCGCCGUGGGGCUGAGAAACCCCAUAAAUGCCCCGAAUGCGGGAAGGGUUUUAGGUUGAGUUCGACCCUUAUCACGCACCAAAGGAGACACGGGGCUGAAAAACCCUAUAAAUGCCCCGAAUGUGGGAAGGCCUUUGUUGUAGGGUCGGCCUUUAUCCAACACCAACGGGUUCACGGUACCGGUACCGGGACGGCACCGACCCAACCGUGUCAAUGUGGGGUGUGUGGGAAGACGUUUCAAGGCGGUUCUGGUUUGAUCCGACACCAAAAACAACAGCACCAAGAGGAGAAACCCUAUAAGUGCCACGACUGCGGUAAAGGGUUCAAUUGGAAUUCCCAUUUAGAACGGCACCGUAGGAUCCAUACGGGGGAGAAACCCUAUAUGUGUCCUGAAUGUGGGAAGAGCUUCAGCUGGAGUUCCCAUUUGGAUCGGCACCGCAGAACUCACGGAACCGGAUCGACCCGAUGUCGAGAAUGUUGUGGGAAAGGAUUAGGGAAGAACAUGGCGACCCCGAAAAGGCAACGGGGGGAGAAACCCUAUAAAUGCCCCGAUUGUGGGGAUGGAUUCGGGUCGAAGGCGAAUCUGGUUCGGAACCAACGUGGUUCCGGUACCAAUAAAAGCUUUGAGUGUCUGGAUUGUGGGAAGAGCUUUGCAUGGAGUUCCCAUUUGGAUCGGCACCGUCGGAUCCACGCGGGGGAAAAACCCUAUAAGUGUAUGGACUGUGGGAAGAGCUUCUCGCAAGGAUCCCAUUUGGACCGGCACCGCCGGACCCACGGGCAGGACGAGGAGGAGGAAGGGAGGAAGAAAUGGAGAGCGGAUGGGAGGAGGUGCAAGCAAUGCGGGAAGAAUAUGGCCGACAACGUCAAGCAUCAAGGAACCCAAACGGGAUCAAUAGGGGAGCAUCAUAAAUCCCAUAUAGGGGAGAAUAAGUCCUAUAUAGGGGAUAAUAAAGCCUGUAUAGGGGACCAUAAUAAGGCCUGUAUGGGGGAUCAUAAUAAAGCCUGUAUAGGGGAUCAUGAUAGACCCUAUAUAGGGGAUCAUAAUAAGGCCUGUAUAGGGGACCAUAAUAAAGCUUGUAUAGGGGAUCAUGGCAAACCCUAUAUAGGGGAUCAUAAUAAGGCCUGUAUAGGGGACCAUAAUAAAGCCUGUAUAGGGGAUCAUAGCAAACCCUAUAUAGGGGAUCAUAAUAAGGCCUGUAUGGGGGACCAUAAUAAAGCCUGUAUAGGGGAUCAUGGCAAACCCUAUAUAGGGGAUCAUAAUAAGGCCUGUAUAGGGGAUCAUAAUAAGGCCUGUGUAGGGGACCAUAAUAAAGCCUGUAUAGGGGAUCAUGGCAAACCCUAUAUAGGGGAUCAUAAACCCUAUACGUGCCCCGAAUGCGGGAAGGCCUUUGGACAGAACUCAGCCCUGGUCAAACACCGUCGGAUGCACACGGGGGAGAAACCCUAUAAGUGCACGGAGUGCGGGAAGAGCUUCGGGGUCAGAUCCAACCUCAUCAAACACCAACGGACCCAUUUGGGGGAGAAACCCUAUAAAUGCUCGGACUGCGGGAAGGGCUUCAUCCAGAAAUCGGAUCUAACCAAACACCAUCGCAUGCACACGGGGGAGAAACCCUACAGCUGUACGGUGUGCGGGAAGAGCUUCAGCGUCUCGUCCAACCUUAUAAAGCACCGUAGGAUCCAUUUAGGGGAAAAACCCUAUAAAUGCCCCGAGUGUGGGAAGAGCUUCAUCCAACGCUCCGAGCUCACCAUCCAUCGCCGCGUUCACACCGGAGAGAAGCCCUACUGCUGCCCGGCCUGCGGGAAGUGCUUCAGCCGCAGCUCACACCUCAACCGGCACCGACGGACCCACAGCAAUGGGGAGAAGACCCCCAACACACCCCAAACCCAACCACCACAACCUACAACCGGCCCCGCCGGACCCACAACCCCAUUCCCGUCAUCGUUGGCCCCAUUGGAGCUGCCCUGGGCUCUCUCCUUCCCACCGCGAGCUUUCGUGCCCCAUAACUUCACAUCGCUUCCCUCCACGGCUGCCCCCCUUGGUGCCCCACAAGUGCAGAGUGAGCGCGGCACAGGGGGGGAAUGAGGACCCUAUUUCCAUGUCUCUAUGGGGUCAUCCGGCCAUUGGGAUCCAUUAGAUCCCAUUGUAGGGUCUCUAUAGGGUCAUGCAGCCAUUGGGAUCCAUUAGAUCCCAUUGUAGGGUCUCUAUAGGGUCAUCCAGUCAUUGGGAUCCAUUAGAUCCCAUUGUAGGGUCUCUAUAGGGUCAUCCAGUCAUUGGGAUCCAUCAGUUCGUGUUGUAGGGUCUCUAUGGGGUCUCUAUGGGGUCAUCCAGCCAUUGGGAUCCAUUAGAUUCCAUUGUAGGGUCUCUAUAGGGUCAUCCAGCCAUUGGGAUCCAUUAGAUUCCAUUGUAGGGUCUCUAUAGGGUCAUCCAGUCAUUGGGAUCCAUCAGUUCUUGUUGUAGGGUCUUUAUGGGGUCUCUAUGGGGUCUCUAUGGGUUCAUCCAUCCAUUGGGAUCCAUUGGUUCCCAUUUCUAUGUCUCUAUAGGGUCAUCCAGCCAUUGGGAUCCAUUAGAUCCCAUUGUAGGGUCUCUAUAGGGUCAUCCAUCCAUUGGGAUCCAUUGGUUCCCAUUUCUAUGUCUCUAUAGGGUCAUCCAGCCAUUGGGAUCCAUCUGUUCCUGUCUUAGGGUCUCUGUGGGGUCUCUACGGGGUCAACCAUCCCAUUAUGAUCCCUCCCGACCCCAUUGGGAUCCCUCUGCCCCCAUUAGGACCCUGUGACCCCAUUAGGAUCCCUUUGACCCCAUAGAAUCCCCCCAACCCCAUUGGGAACCCCCGACCCCAUUAGGAUCCAGUUAGGAUCCCCCCGACCCCAUUAAGACCCUCUGACCCCAUAGGACCCCCCUGACCCCAUUAUCUUCACCUCCCAAAAACCAUCAUUUUCAUUUAGGGUUUUUUUUUGCCCAAUUUCCCCCAUUUUUGGGGUUGUUUUUUUUUUUUUCCUUCCAACGGUGCCGAUUUUGGGGUAAAAAAGGGGG